AUGCACCACUGGUGGAGAGCUCUGGAGUCGAGAUGUUGGGAUUACGUCACUAUUUCUGUUGUUGCGACCAAGGACACCCCCUCCGCUACGACAGCCGGCAAAAUCACCGACUGGGUCCUUCCCGGCGACAAGUCGGGCGAAUUCAAGCGCCAGCAGAGCUCGUUCCGCAACUGGAUCUCGAGCGAGCCUGGCGCCCAGUUCCCGCCGGAGAAGGGCAGGUAUCACUUGUAUGCCAACCGCACGCUCAUUGCGCGCAAGCUCAAGGGGCUGGAGGAUGUCAUUUCGUUUUCGGCGGUGCAUUGGCAUAUGGGAUCUAAGGGCUGGCGCUUCCCAACCGCCGAGGACACCGACGCGGCCGGGGAGAACGUCAUCCCCGACCCUAUCCCCGGCCACGAGAGCUUCACCCACCUGCGCGACCUCUACUUUUCGGUGAAUCCCUCGUAUGAGGGCCGCUUUACCGUGCCCGUGCUGUACGACAUCAAGACGCAGACUAUCGUCAACAACGAGAGCAGCGAGAUCUUGCGUAUGCUGGGCACCGAGUUCAACAGCCUCAUCGACGAAAAGUACCGCCAGAUCGAGUUCUACCCGGAGGCUCUCCGCGCGCAGAUCGACGAGGCCCACGAGUGGCAGUACGACAAGAUCAACAACGGCGUGUACAAGUCGGGCUUCGCCACCACCCAGGAGGCGUACGAGCGCAACGUAAUUGCCCUGUUCGAGGCGCUGGACCGCGCCGAGGAGCACCUGAAGAAGACCGCGGCCGAGGGCCCUACUGGUUCGGCCAGACCCUGA